CUCUGUCUUUUUCCGAUAAGAUUUUUCAGCAACCAAACAAAAUCCUCUCUCUCUCGAAUAUUCGCAUACAAUUUUUACUAAAAUGUUCACUUCCAGUUUCACAAUUCUCUAAUUUUGACGUUAUAUGGCCACUCUCUUACCGUCGCCGGACAUUUCCUCGUUCUCCACCGGUCGCCGUCCGUCCAGUAUAUUUUCCGGCGAAAACCAUAGAAAUGUAAAGAAACUCGCUAUUCCAAACGGACAAUUAUCAGCUCCGUUGAAGGUUAGUACGAUGUCGUCUACGAAGCUGGAUAAGGAGGAAGAGCAGAAGCGGAAUUACUAUCUGAAUACGGGUUACGCUAUUCGGAUUCUCAGAGAAGAGUUUCCUGCGCUUUUCUAUAAAGAGCUAAACUUUGAUAUCUACAGGGAUGAUAUAGUCUUCAAAGAUCCCCUCAAUACUUUUACUGGCAUCGAGAACUAUAAAUCGAUCUUUUGGGCUUUACGAUUCCAUGGCAGGAUGUUCUUUAGUGCUUUGUGGAUAGAUAUUGUUAGUGUAUGGCAGCCUGUGGAAGGCAUGAUAAUGGUUCGAUGGACUGUUCAUGGCAUUCCCCGUGUUCCAUGGGAGAGUCGUGGUCGAUUUGAUGGCACUUCAGAGUAUAAACUAGACAAAGAUGGGAAGAUUUAUGAGCACCGGGUUCACAACAUUGCGCUGAAUGGACCCCAAAAGUUCCAUGUACUUGCUGUGCAGGAAUUAAUUGGAUAUAUCGGCUGUCCCUCCACACCAAAGCCGACUUUCUUUGAGAUCUCGUUCCAUUCUCUGGAUAACAUUAUGCCAGUGGAGAAAUUUGCCGAGUUCAGGCUUCACCUUGGUUCAAUUUUAGCCUCCGUUAAAAGAGAUGAGGAGGAAGAAUCACAGCAAAAAUAGCAUUGUGACAAAGUGCUAAAAGUUUUGAUGGAGCUUAGCGCUGGUUUCCAGACUUGCACCAGUGCUCUACGUAUUUAUACAUAUAUAUUAUAUAUAACUUUCAGGGUCAGCUCGAUGUAUCUGGAGUUCAUUCUUGUCUUCUGGUUUCUACUUCUCAUCUGAGUUUGAAAAUUUUACAGCUGUAAAUUUUUGUACAGUAUAUCUUACUACUGAGUUUGCAGUUAUUUUCUAGCUGAAUAUGUUCUCCACAAAUUGUAAUGAAAUAUUUCCCUGCAUAGAAGUAGUGAUAAUAUCCAACACAUAAAAUAGUUUUGGAGAAUUUACUAUUCUGCUAUUUGUUCUGA